GCUCCGUCCUCAUCUCGACCGUGAGCUCAAAGACGAAGUGACAAAACCGAACCUCACACCACGUUCCGCCUUCUCGUUUAAAGCCACACAACAACCCAGAGACGUCAACACGAGUACUGCCUCUUGAAGCAACGUGCCGCCAUGGACAAGGAUGGAGGAGGACUGCGCAUCCCAGAGCGGCUGCCGCUGCUGCUCUCCGCCGACACGGUGCUGCUGCCGGGGGCCAGCGCCCGACUCGGGGUCGGCUCGGCCCGCAACAUGGGGAUGGUGCGGGCACGGCUGCUGCGCGGCGCCUCGCUCCGGAGCACGGUGAUCGGGGUCCUGCCCCACGCGGCAGAGCCUGCGGACGACGACGAGGACGUGCAGGGUCUGGACGAGCGGGUGGGCACUGCCGCCGUAGUGGUGCAGGUGACGGGCAGCAACUGGCCGCGCCCGCACUACACCCUGCUCGUCACGGGCCUGUGCCGCUUCCGUGUGCUCGCUGUGCGCCGCCAGCACCCCUACAUCCUCGCCGACGUGCAGCAGCUCGACCGCCUGGGGCCCGGUCCCGACCUCGAGAACGGGCAGCCUGGAGCCGGCGGUGAUGGCCGCGAGACUUCGGAGAGCAGCGCUGAGCUGACGGAACUAACGGAGACGUUCUACAAGCACGCGCGCAAGCUGGCAGGAAUGCUGGACAUGUCUGUGCCUGUGGUGGCUCAGCUGCGCCGUCUGCUGGACAGCCUGCCCUCUGAGGACCUCCCCGACAUCGUGGCCUCCAUCGUGCGCACGUCCCGCGCUGAGAAGCUGCAGGUGCUGGAGGCGGUGGAACUGGAGGAGCGGUUCCGCCGGACCAUCCCUCUGCUGGUUCGACAGAUUGAGGGUGUCAAACUCAUCAACAAGGCGAGGAGGAGUGACUCCUCCCUCCUGGACAACAAGGUGCUGCCGGGGAGGCUGGUGCGGCGCGAGGGUGCAGCAGCGCUGGGUGGCAGGAAGGCCCUCCUGGACCUGAGCGGGGAGGAUGGGGACGAGGAGGAAGACGACAUCGCAUCUCUUGAGAGGAAGGUGCGGAGCUGCGGCAUGACCGACGUCGCCCUCCGAGUUUGCGCCAAGGAAAUCAAAAGACUAAGAAAGAUGCCACAGACGAUGCCAGAAUUUGCCCUCACUCGGAACUACCUGGAGCUCAUGGUGGAGUUGCCCUGGAGCAAGUGCACGACCGACCGCCUGGACCUGGCGGCGGCUCGGGUCCUCCUCGACAACGACCACUACGGACUGGAGCGGCUCAAGCAGCGCGUGCUCGAGUACCUGGCCGUGCGCCAACUGCGGCCCGGCCUGCGUGGCCCCAUCCUGUGCUUCGUGGGGCCGCCCGGCGUGGGCAAGACGAGCGUGGGGCGCUCCAUCGCGCGAACGCUCGGACGGGAGUUCCACCGCAUCUCGCUCGGGGGCAUCUGCGACCAGUCCGACAUCCGCGGGCACAGGCGGACGUAUGUGGGGAGCAUGCCGGGGCGCGUGAUCAGCGGGAUGAAGGCGGUGGGAGUGCGCAACCCGGUUUUCCUGCUCGACGAGGUUGACAAGCUGGGCAAGGGGAUACAGGGAGAUCCGGCCGCAGCGCUACUCGAGGUUCUGGAUCCUGAGCAGAACAGCACCUUCACAGACCACUACCUCAACGUACCCUUCGACCUCUGCCAGGUGCUAUUCAUUGCCACGGCAAAUUCGACAGCAAGCAUCCCACCAGCCCUGCUUGACCGCAUGGAGAUCAUCCAGGUGUCAGGCUACACUCAGGAGGAGAAGGUGGAGAUCGCUUGCCGCCACCUGGUGCCAAAACAGCUGGAGCAGCACGGGCUCACAGAGGCCCAGCUGAGCAUUCCUUCAGACUCCGUUGCCCUCAUCGUCAGCAGAUACACGCGCGAGGCCGGCGUGCGCUCACUCGAGCGCAAGGUGGCGGCCGUGUGCCGUGCCGUGGCCGUCAAGGUGGCCGAGAGCCGGAGGCCCAAGUCUGAAAACGCAGGGUCGCAUGAGUCAGGUCAAGAUCACGCAAAAGCCGACCUGCAGGAUGACCUUGGAUCCGCAGAGAGUCAGGAGAAGAUACAGCAUCGUCCAAUUGACCUUUGCGACCCCCCGGAAAUGCCCAUUGUCAUCGACGCUCAAGCCCUCAAAGACAUCCUCGGGCCACCUGCCUAUGAGAUGGAGGUGUCGGAGCGCUUGAGUCAGCCCGGGGUGGCCAUCGGGCUUGCGUGGACCCCCGUGGGUGGGGAGAUCAUGUUUGUGGAGGCGACGCGGGCAGAGGGAGAUGGGCAGCUCACGCUGACCGGCCAGCUGGGCGAGGUGAUGAAGGAGUCCGCUCACCUGGCCAUCAGCUGGCUCCGCAGUAACGCCCGCACGUACGGCCUCGUCAGCGCGUCCGGAGGGGCCGACCCGCUCGACGGCUGGGAUGUUCACCUGCACUUCCCAGCGGGUGCCGUCACCAAGGACGGCCCGUCGGCCGGCGCCGCUAUAGCCGUGUGCCUCGCCUCGCUCCUCAGCGGGCGCACUGCCCGCUCAGACACGGCCAUCACCGGGGAGAUCACCCUGCGUGGCCUCGUGCUGCCGGUGGGUGGCAUCAAAGAGAAGGUGUUGGCGGCCCACCGCGCGGGGCUCAAGCGUGUGGUGCUGCCACGGCGCAACGAGAAGGACCUGGAGGAGGUGUCGCGCGUCGUGCGUGACCAGCUGGACGUGGUGCUGGCGCGCACGCUGGAAGACGUGCUCAACGCCACCUUCAGCGGCGGAUUCCCCACGCAGACUCCCAGCCUCAUUAACAGCAAGCUGUAAAUGACACCCGAGUGCCACCUGCAUUCACCGACACUCAAGUCACUUACCCACGGUCAGCAAAUCACAGCAUCUCUCGAUGACUGAGAUGACGAUUCGAGUAGUCUAUUUUAAGAUUAUUUGUGAGCCUAUCACAGCACUUAAUUUAAGUAGUUUCGUAUUUAAUUAUGCACAUUCUACAAGUUUGUGUAUUUACACACUGAUGAGACAUUUUCGGCCAAUACAGUAACAUCCGCACCUGAAGGCUUGAAUAUGUUUAAAUUGUUAAAAUGGGCGAAACUUUUUCCUGCCAAGCACUUGGUCAAAAUUAGUUGCUGUUGCCUCCAAGACUCAGAUGGGCUCCAAGCCGCUUGGGGCAUAAAACUGCUGACUCGGUAAUUUCCCUUCUGCCAAUCACCACCCCCUUGACAUGGCUAAACAAUUGUGAUUAUUAAGGAACAAUGAAGGUGAAUAUUAACAAUGCUUCUUAAGAUUACACAUUUCAAUGGCAAUUCAAUUGAAAAUUGUUUAGUAAUCACGUUCUUCAAGCUGCUGGUUAUAAAUAUUGUAAAAAUGUAGAUUUAAAUAAACUUUAAGAUUGUAAUGCAGGAAAUUAAAUUAAAAAUGUGCCUAAUAAAAAAACAUUUUAAUCAUUUAA